UGGCUCAAGCAGUAGGAAUUGAAGUACCUUUUUUUUCCAACAAAACUGAGUUCAGUACUAAUAUUGCACACCACAAUCUCCUAAAAUUUGUAGAGUGAGUGAGUGAGUGAGUAUGGCAACGAGUUAUCACCAACCUUCUUCACUAGAAGAAGUCCGAACCCUUUGGAUUGGCGAUUUACAAUAUUGGGUUGACGAAACCUAUCUCACUCACUGUUUCUCCCAUACCGGCGAAGUUAUUUCCAUCAAAAUCAUUCGUAACAAAAUCACCGGCCAACCCGAAGGUUACGGUUUCGUCGAAUUCGUAUCUCAUACCGCCGCAGAACGAGUUCUUCAAAGUUACAAUGGCACUCAAAUGCCAGGAACCGAACAAACUUUUCGAUUAAAUUGGGCUUCAUUCGGUAUCGGUGAACGCCGUCCUGAUGCCGGUCCCGAUCACUCUAUUUUCGUCGGAGAUCUUGCUCCUGAUGUUACUGAUUAUCUUUUACAGGAAACGUUUCGUACUCAUUACCCUUCUGUUCGUGGUGCUAAAGUUGUAACUGACCCUAAUACUGGUCGUUCUAAGGGUUAUGGUUUUGUUAAAUUUUCUGAUGAGAGUGAAAGGAACCGUGCUAUGUCUGAAAUGAACGGUGUUUAUUGUUCUACUAGGCCUAUGCGUAUUAGUGCUGCUACACCUAAGAAAACUACUGCUAGUGUUGCUUAUCAACAACCUUAUGCUGCUGUUGCCGUUGCUGCUCCACCACCUGUUCCUAAAGCAAUAUAUCCUGUGCCGGCGUACACUGCCCCACUGAAUACCAUUCCACCGGAAUAUGAUGUAAACAAUACUACCAUUUUUGUUGGUAAUUUGGAUCUUAAUGUCUCAGACGAGGAGCUGAAGCAAAAUUUUCUGCAAUUUGGAGAUAUUGUUUCUGCCAAAGUUCAUGCCGGCAAAGGAUGUGGUUUUGUUCAAUUUGGGGCUAGAGCAUCUGCUGAAGAAGCCAUUCAGAAGAUGCAGGGAAAGAUAAUAGGUCAACAAGUGAUCCGAGUUUCUUGGGGUAGGCCCCUUACAGCUAGACAGGACUUACCUGGUGGCUGGGGACAGCAAAUGGAUCCAAGUCAAUGGAGUGCCUACUAUGGGUAUGGUCAGGGUUAUGAAGCUUAUGCAUAUGGGGCUGCUCAGGAUCCUUCGCAGUAUGCAUAUGCUGGAUAUGCUGGCUAUGCACAAUACCCCCAACAGGUUGAAGGUGCCCAAGACGUAUCAGCUAUGUCUGUGCCUACCAUGGAACAAAGGGAGGAGUUGUAUGAUCCUCUGGCAUUGCCUGAUGUUGAUAAGUUAAAUGCUGCAUAUCUCUCAGUACAUGGAAGUGCCAUUUUAGGGCGGUCUCUCUGGCACAAAACCCAUUCCUCAUCCUUACAGCUGGCUUAGGAUCUAUCUGUAUUUUCACUACCAGGUUUUAUAUUUCACUAUAUUCCUGUUAUUUGAGUCAAUCCAAAAUGCUUUUCCCAUGUGGUUAGCUGGUGUAAAGAUAUGAAUAUUAGCAUAUCAGUAGACAUCAGUCUUUAAUCAGAUUGAUCCCAUUGAUUAUCUUUUGUUUGUGAGCAUUUAGAUAAAGGAGUCUUAUAUUAAGAGACAGAUAGAGUAUUGUAUGGCAGGGAAACUUCAACCUCUAUUAUGAGUUGAUAUAUAUUGAUUUAAUCAGUUCAUUAUGAGCGAGCAUACAUGUUUCAUAAUAUUGAUUGUGGGAUGUCCUUGUAUGGUGUUUUA